AUGAAUUCGAUCGACCCCAUUUUCCUUGCCUACGGAGCCUUGGGCGUGAUGGCUGUACUGCCCAUCUACUUUGGCUCCCAUGCCUCGAUCAAGUAUCCGUCGAAGAAGAGGGGAGCAAAGCCCGAGCCCGUGGCCGAGUAUUUCUCGAUCCAAGACGCCGCGACGUUUCCAAUCAUCGGCUCGAUCACCCUCUUCUCGCUCUACCUGCUCUUUACCUAUUUUGACAAGGCCUACAUCAACUAUGUUUUGACGGCCUAUUUUUCGCUGCUGGGCGUCGGUGCGAUGGUGGAGUCGUUCAUGGCUGUGGCCCGGAAGCUCACCGGCUAUUCCCUGACUGGCGAAUACCGCCUGGACCUCUUCAAAAAGAAGCAUGCUCUCUUUUCUCUUCAGUUCGGAAACAUCCAUAUGGUCGCUGGUGCCUUCUCGAUCCUGAUUGCCGGAUACUAUGCCAUCACAAAGCACUGGAUCGUCUCCAAUGUCUAUGGCGAAGCCUUUGCUACAUCGGCCAUCCAGCUUCUCAACCUCGAUUCGUUCAAGACCGGCAUGCUGCUGCUGACGGGGCUGUUCUUCUAUGAUAUCUUCUGGGUCUUUGGCACUGAGGUCAUGGUCACCGUUGCCAAGUCAUUUGACGCACCCAUCAAGGUGUUGUGGCCAAAGGACAUCUGGCAGGUGAUCGAGCAAGGCAUCUUUUCCAAGCCGACUGAUGUGCAGUUCACGAUGCUGGGUCUUGGCGAUAUUGUAAUUCCGGGCAUCUUUGUGGCCCUGUGUUUGAGCUUUGACCACCACCAGUACCUCAAGUCCGAGCUGGGACAGAAGAAAAAGUUCUCGCGCAGCUUCCCCAAGCCCUACUUUACCGCAUGUCUUGUUUCGUACAUUGUCGGCUUGACCACCACUGUCGUGGUCAUGCACACCUUCCAGGCGGCCCAGCCAGCGUUGCUAUAUCUUUCGCCCGCCUGCAUCUUCUCGGUCUUGAUCACAGCCGCGAUUCGCGGCGAGCUUGCAGAUGUCUUUGCCUUUGCCCCGGCAACCGAAGAAUCAAAAUCCCCCGAAGCGGAACUGCUCGAAGCCGAGGCUGUAUCCAACAAGAAGCUUGCCAAGGGAGUCUCCAAGAAACAGCAGUAG